AAAGGAAAAAAAGAGCAAAACCGUAAGAGGAUGGGUAGCGGGGAUGGGUGGGCAGCGGUCUCAAUGCUGCUGCUCUGUUUGAGUGGCUUUGUGGUGAACGCAGUGGGGAGGCAACUGGCGAGUGGUGAUGGAGAGGAAAAGUUUCUUUGGAACAAAAACGGUGGAGUGUUCGGCCAUGGGCUAGGUGGGGGUCUUGGGUUCGGUAACGGUGGUGGCCAUGGCUUCGGUGGCGAAUUCGGCAAGGGUGGUGGCCAUGGCUUCGGUGGCGGAUUCGGCAAGGGUGGUGGCUUUGGUGGUGGUCAUGGCCUCGGUGGCGGAGUCGGUAAGGGUGGUGGCCUCGGCGGUGGGUUUGGCAAGGGGGGUGGCCAUGGCUUCGGUGGCGGAUACGGCAAGGGUGGUGGUCUCGGUGGCGGAUUCGGAAAGGGUGGUGGCCAUGGCUUCGGUGGCGGAUACGGCAAGGGUGGUGGCUUUGGCGGCGGCCACGGCCUCGGUAGUGGAUUCGGUAAGGGUGGUGGCCUCGGCGGUGGGUUUGGCAAAGGUGGUGCCUUUGGUGGUGGCCAUGGCUUCGGUGGCGGAUUCGGCAAGGGUGGUGGCGUCGGCAGUGGAUUUGGCAAGGGUGGUGGUUUUGGUGGUGGCCAUGGCUUCGGUGGUGGAUUCGGUAAGGGUGGUGGCUUCGGCGGUGGGUUUGGCAAGGGUGGCGGUCUUGGCGGUGGCCAUGGCUUCGGUAAGGGUGGUGGCUUUGGCGGUGGGUUUGGCAAGGGUGGUGGCCAUGGCGUCGGCGGCGGAUUCGGUAAGGGCGGUGGGCUCGGUGGUGGCUCUUGUGACGGUGGUGGACUCGGUGAUGGUUUUGGUAAGGGUGGGAGUCUUGGCAUCGGAUUAGGUGGUCGAGGCGGUGCAGGUGGUGGUGGUGGGCUUGGUAGCGGCGGUGGUUCUGGGUGAGGCGGAGGGAUUGGAGGGGUAGAUUAAAGUGGGCAGUAUGUACGUCGCAUGGCCAUCUUAAUUUGGCCGUUUUAGUAUUGCUUGAAAGUUACGUAUCUGUAUUGUCGUUAACUAUGUGACCUUUCUUUCUUUACCGCGAAAAAGUUGUAUGUCUAAUUA